GUCGGGAGGAGCCGGCUGUAGCGUGGCGGCUCCGGGCUUUGGUCUCUAGGUCCGAUCUCCUCGCGUUUCCCUUCCUGCGCCAUGGCAAAGGCCGCCAAUGUGAUGCGGCUGCUCCUCGGCGCCACGGUGCUUUGGCUCUGGCUGCUCUGCUCCGGCACGGCCUCGGCGUCCAAGGCAGUGACAGCCCACUUGGCUGCGAAGUGGCCCGAGACCCCGCUGCUGCUGGAGGCCAGUGAAUUUAUGGCAGAAGAAAGUAAUGAAAAAUUUUGGCAGUUUUUGGAGACUGUAAAAGAAUUAGCAAUUUAUAAGCAAACAGAGUCAGAUUAUUCUUAUUACAACUUAAUCUUGAAGAAAGCUGGACAAUUCUUAGACAAUUUACAUAUCAAUCUCUUAAAGUUUGCUCUCUCUAUAAGGGCAUACUCUCCAACUAUUCAGAUGUUUCAACAGAUUGCAGCUGAUGAGCCACCACCAGAUGGUUGUGAUGCAUUUGUGGUUAUCCAUAAGAAACACACCUGUAAAAUUAAUGAGAUUAAAAAGCUGCUGAAGAAGGCCACUUCAAGGCCCAGACCUUAUCUUUUUAAAGGAGAUCAUAAAUUUCCUACAAACAAAGAGAACUUACCAGUGGUUAUUCUCUAUGCAGAAAUGGGUACGAGAGUAUUUGGUAAAUUUCACACAGUACUGUCUGAAAAAGCCCACAAUGGAGAAAUUCUGUAUGUUCUUCGUCAUUAUAUUCAGAAACCAGCCUCACAGAAAAUGUACUUAUCUGGCUACGGUGUGGAGCUAGCAAUUAAGAGUACAGAAUACAAAGCAUUGGAUGAUACCCAAGUUAAAACCAUGACUAAUAGUACUGUAGAAGAUGAGACUGAAACAAAUGAAGUUCAAGGAUUUCUCUUCGGGAAACUAAAAGAAAGAUAUUCAGAUCUUAGAGAUAAUCUGACAGCAUUCCAAAAAUACCUGAUUGAGAGUAACAAAGAAAUGAUGCCUUUAAAAGUCUGGGAACUACAAGAUCUUAGUUUUCAAGCAGCUUCUCAAAUAAUGUCCACUCCAAUUUAUGAUGCCAUAAAGUUAAUGAAAGACAUUUCACAGAACUUCCCCAUAAAAGCCAGAUCUCUGACCAGAAUCGCUGUAAAUCAAUAUCUGAGGAAGGAAAUACAGGAAAAUCAGAAGGAUCUUCGCAAUAGGUUUGAAAUUCAGCCAGGUGAUGCUUGUCUAUAUAUAAACGGACUUCGUGUUGAUAUGGACAAUUAUGAUCCUUUUAGUGUUUUGGAUAUGCUGAAACUAGAAGGAAAAAUGAUGAAUGGCCUUCGCAAUCUUGGGAUCAACAAAGAAGAUAUGAGCAAGUUUUUAAAGUUAAAUUCACGUGUUUGGGACAAUACUUACGUUUUAGAUAUUAGGCAUUCUUCAAUAACGUGGAUUAAUGACUUAGAAAAUGAUGAUUUGUACGUUACGUGGCCUACAACUUGCCAGGAACUUCUAAAGCCCGUAUUACCUGGAAGUGUACCUUCCGUAAGGCGUAAUUUUCAUAAUUUGGUUCUGUUUAUUGAUCCUGCUCAAGAAUAUACCGUGGAUUUUAUAGAACUUGCUGAACUUUUAUAUUAUCAUAAAAUUCCUCUUAGAAUUGGUUUUGUGUUCAUUGUUAAUACAGAUGAUGAAGUUGAUGGAGCAAAUGAUGCUGGAGUUGCUCUUUGGCGAGCUUUCAACUAUAUUUCAAAAGAACAUGAUGUUUCACAAGCAUUUAUUUCCAUGACAUAUAUGUACCAAAAAGUGAAGAAUCAAAAUAUACUCACUGUGGACAAUGUGAAGAGUGUUCUCCAAAAUAAAUUUCCUCAUGUUAAUAUUUGGGAUAUUUUGGGAAUUCAUUCUAGAUAUGAUAAUGAAAGAAAGGCAGGAGCAAAUUUUUAUAAGAUGAGUGGCCUGGGUCCUUUGCCUCAAGCUCUUUAUAAUGGUGAAUCCUUUAACCUUGAAAAUGUGAAUAUUAAAGAACUAGAAAUGGCUGUCCUUCAAAAAAUGAUGGAUACAACUGUAUAUUUACAAGAGGAAGUUUUUAUGGGAACAUUAAAUGAUCGAGCAAAUGCAGUUGAUUUCCUUAUGGAUAAAAAUAAUGUUAUACCCCGUAUAAAUCCUUUGAUUUUGCACACUAAAUGGCAGUACCUUAAUUUAAUAUCUACAUCAGUAACUGCCGAUGUUGAAGAUUUCUCUACUUUCUUUUUCUUGGAUUCACAAGACAAGAGUGCUGUGAUUGCAGACAACAUGUAUUAUUUAACCCAAGAAGAUGACAAUAUAAUUUCUUCAGUUACUGUCUGGAUUAUUGCUGAUUUUGACAAACCAUCUGGGAGAAAACUGCUUUUGAAUGCAUUAAAGCACAUGAAAACAAGUUUUCAUACUCGGUUGGGGGUUAUUUUUAAUCCUACAUCAAAAAUAAAUGAAGAGAACACAGCUAUUUCUAGAGGAAUUUUGGCAGCUUUUCUUACACAGAAAAACAGCUCUUUGAGAAACUUUCUCGGGAAACUGGCAAAGGAAGAAACUGCUACAGCUAUUUACUCUGGAGAGAAAAUUAAAACAUUCCUUACUAAGGGGAUGGAUAAGAAUGCUUUUGAGAAGAAAUAUAAUACCAUUGGAGUGAAUAUUUUUCAAACUCACCAGCUGUUCUGUCAAGAUGUACUUAAAUUGCGUCCUGGAGAAAUCGGUAUUGUCAGCAAUGGGAAAUUCUUAGGACCCUUAGAUGAAAAUUUCUAUGCAGAAGAUUUCUACUUGUUGGAAAAGAUAACAUUUACUGAUUUAGUAGAAGAAAUUAAAGACAUUGUUGAAAAUAUGGCAAUGAACUCAAAAGACAUGAGUGACCUUGUUAUGAAAGUCGAUGCCCUUGUUUCCUCUUUGCCUAAAGGUGAAACUCGGUAUGAUGUCACAUUUCUUAAAGAGAAUCAUAGCAUUAUAAAGAUAAAUCCUCAAGAAAAUGAUAUGUUCUUUGAUGUUAUUGCUAUUGUUGAUCCAUUGACAAGAGAAGCACAGAAGAUGGCACAGUUAUUGAUUGUACUUGGAAAGAUUAUCAACAUGAAGAUAAAGUUGUUCAUGAACUGUAGGGGUAAACUUUCAGAAGCCCCUUUAAAGAGCUUUUACCGUUUUGUUCUGGAACCAGAACUGACAUUCACGGCUAGCAAUAUCAUUAGACCAGCAGCAGAAUUUUUGGAUAUCCCCGAGUCACCCCUCCUAACCCUCAAUAUGAUUACUCCUGAAGGCUGGAUGGUGGAAACAGUGCACAGCAACUGUGACCUUGAUAAUAUUCACUUAAAGGAUAUUGAAAGAGCCGUUACAGCAGAGUAUGAAUUAGAAUAUCUACUACUUGAAGGACAUUGCUUUGAUAUAAUGACAGAACAACCUCCUCGGGGUCUGCAAUUUACUCUCGGCACAAAAAAUCAACCUGUUGCAGUUGAUACAAUAGUGAUGGCCAAUCUUGGAUAUUUUCAAUUAAAAGCAAACCCAGGUGCUUGGAUACUGAAAUUACGCCAAGGAAAAUCUGAAGAUAUUUAUCAAAUAGUUGGGCAUGAAGGAACUGACUCUGAGCCAGACCUUGGAGAUGUCAUUGUUGUGUUAAACAGCUUCAAAAGCAAAAUACUAGAAGUGCAAGUGCAGAAAAGGCCAGACAAAAUUAAAGAUAGCCUUAACGACAAAGGUGGACAAAAAGGACUGUGGGAUUCCAUUAAAAGUUUCACAAGAAGUUUGCAUAAAGAAAAAGACAAGGAAACAGACAUUCUGAACAUUUUUUCAGUUGCUUCUGGCCAUUUAUAUGAACGCUUUUUAAGAAUCAUGAUGCUCUCUGUUUUACGUAACACCAAAACACCAGUGAAAUUCUGGUUCCUGAAAAAUUAUCUCUCGCCAACAUUUAAAGAGGUAAUUCCCCACAUGGCUAAGGAAUAUGGAUUCCAGUAUGAACUAGUCCAAUACAGGUGGCCCCGCUGGCUUCAUCAACAGACUGAAAAACAAAGGAUUAUUUGGGGUUACAAAAUUCUUUUCCUUGAUGUCCUUUUUCCUCUAGCAGUGGACAAAAUCAUUUUUGUUGAUGCUGAUCAGGUUGUGAGACAUGACCUGAAAGAACUUCGAGAUUUCGAUCUGGAUGGAGCUCCUUAUGGGUAUACUCCGUUCUGUGACAGCCGCACUGAAAUGGAUGGCUACCGCUUCUGGAAAACAGGAUAUUGGGCAUCGCAUCUUUUAAAAAGGAAAUACCAUAUCAGUGCCUUAUACGUAGUGGAUCUCAGGAAGUUCAGGAGAAUUGCAGCAGGUGACAGGCUCCGGGGCCAGUACCAAACUCUCAGUCAAGAUCCAAACAGUCUUUCAAACCUAGAUCAGGAUCUUCCCAAUAAUAUGAUUCACCAAGUUGCCAUUAAGUCUCUUCCUCAAGAUUGGCUGUGGUGUGAAACCUGGUGUGAUGAUGAAUCCAAACAAAGAGCCAAAACAAUCGACCUGUGCAAUAAUCCUAAAACAAAAGAACCCAAACUAAAAGCUGCUGCCAGGAUUGUCCCAGAAUGGGUGGAAUAUGACACUGAGAUACGACAACUGUUAAGUCACCUUGAAAACAAGAAGAAAAAUGCACUUUUGACGCAUGAUGAACUCUAGCACUGGCCUUUAUUAAGAAGAUAAAAAUGACAAGAAAUCUGCCACUUGCUGGGGAAGUGUGGAACUACUGCUAAGACUUUUGGAAGUUUCGUUAAAGAUCAGUGGAAUAUUCUACAAUUUUAAAAAUAUUAUUUAAAAGUACACGUACUUAAUGUAUUGAAUAAGUUUAAGUUAUAUAAGAAAUGACCAUUGAGUAUUUAAACCUAGAUUUUUCCUUUUUCCUGAUAGCUUAAAACACUGGGUUUUUACGAGUUAAAGUGGUAUUUUGCCAGGUAACCCAGUAGAACAUAUCUCUGUGUAUUCCAGCAAUAUGUGCAUCCACAUUUUCUUAUUCACAAAAUGCAUUUAAAAUUAGAGAAAUGUACUUUGCUUUUUCUUAUGAGAAAGAAAAAGGACUCAUGGUUAUCUCUGAAUAAAAAAAUUAAGCCCAUUUAUACCUUAACUGUUGUUAAAAAAUGAAGUAAUGUUGCACUAUAAUCAUUAUUUUAUCUUAAAUCAAAUGUUUUAAUCAUAUGCUGUAUUUGUAUUUUUGUAAUAUUUCUAUUUUUUAUUUCAUAAAAUGAUAUUUAUAGGCUUAUGGGGUAUGCAUGUAUCCUCUUUUUAAAAGAACUACUUUUAUAGAAACUAAAUUACAAAUGUAAACUUUGUUUUCCUGCUGCAUAUUAAUAAUAGAUGAAUAGGAAUAGUAAAUGUUUGAAAACUAUCCAACUAUUCUAGGAUUCUAUCACAGGCUCUUGGGACUGGAAGAAAUCUCAAUGUCAUUAAGACCCCAUCCCCUGAAAAAGCUGAUUCAAUAAGGUUGAGGUGAGCUAGGGAAAUCAUGAUUGUUUAAAAAGCUCUCCAGAUGAUUGUUAAUAAAUGAGGUUGGGGAAUAUUUAAUAGAGUUUAGUCCCCAAACCCCUUACAAGGUCAAGUGGAGCCUCAGGCUGUCUUGGAACCCUCCAGGGCAAGAGAACUGUCUGCCUCUAGAGAAAGACUGGUCCAUCUUUGGACAGCUCCAAAUUAGGUCCUCCGUGGACCAGAAGCUGUCUGCUGGCAGUCUCUACUCUGGCUCCCUGGUGCUCCUCUGGACAAGUUUCAUCCUUUUCCAUUUGACAGCACAGCCCAUAAAGUAUUUGCAAGUAAGUACUCUGUUCCCAGCAGCUUCAUUUAUUCCUAAAGAGAGCCAGUCACCCUCCCUUUGUUACUUGUUCAUGUUUAUGAUAAAAUGGAGUGCUCCAGGUGUGACCUGUACUGAUGGAACCAGAUCAUUCCUGUGGUUUCCAGGGAUGCUAAGGGAUGCCAUCCAAGGUAACUUGGCCUGGGGUGACCGACUCCACCAUGCUCUCGGGCUCGCCUUGGAGUCAGGUGUAUCGUCUGGGCUUGGUGAGAGGUAAGAGACUCUGGAAGCUCCUGCCUUAGGCCACACGCUCCAACCCCUCACCUGAGGUCUGCUGUCAUGCUUUGGGCAGAAGCCCCAACUGACGCUAAGGGGGUACUUCGCUUUCCUUUACUGUCAACCUCGUUUUCACUUCUAGAAGAAUCUUGUGGGAAGAAGAAUCGGCUGGGCAGAUACCUGAUUCCCAUGCUUAUUACUGUCACGUCCAGUAUGCCAGAUUCUGUAUUCAUAGAGCAGAAGCGAAAAUUGCAGAAUGAUGUAAAUGGCCUUGGUGGUUCCUCUGCCAGUUUGGUGAUUUGAAAGGCUAAACUUACAUGUAAUUUCCACAUGACUGUAUCUGUAUGAAAAUCCAGAUUCAUAAAUGACAUUCCUUGACAGGGAACUUCCUCUCUUUGUUUUCCUGGCAGUCCUUAGGCCUGUUGCAGGCAUUGUCAUUGCCUUUGGACUCUUCUCUUCAGGCCAAUUGCUCAUAUAUUGCAAAGAUACCAUUAUUAUUAAGAAUUUGAGAACUUUGAGCUUUCUGGGAAAGUUCUGUAUAAGCAAUCUAGCUGUCCUUUAGUCGUAGGAUAUGCAGAAUACAUCAUUGAGGAGAAAGCUACCUUUGUUUGUCGUUAGGAAUUUGCAAUAGGCAGCAAUGUCAUCCCCUUCCCCGACCCCUUUGAAGGCUUUUAUGGUAUAAAAGGGAGUCUUCAAACAAAGACAAUUGAAAUACAGUGGUACCUCAGUUUUCUAACGUAAUCCGUUCCGGAAGACCAUUCGAGUUCUGGAACGUUCGAAAACCGAGGCGUGG